AUGAAAUUAUAUUGAUGUGAUACCGGAAUUCGAACAGUUACCACUACCUUUGGUGUAUUACGAGGUGAAAUGGUAAGUCCAAAUGUUGAUGAUUUAUCACCUGUGGUACAAUAUCUUGGAGUUCCAUAUGGUAUCGCACCUUCCGGGCAGUAUCGUUUCAACAUGGCUAUAUCAGCGGCAAAAUGGACUCAUAUGCCUAAGGAUGCUUAUAGCUUAUCAUCUGUUUGCAUACAGUCCGGAAUUCCGGAAUUUGCUGAGACAAAAGCGCUCAAGACGACAUCAGCGCAACGUUAUGAUCAUAUGCACAAAUUAUUACCAAAAUUAAAACCACAAUCCGAGGAUUGCUUGCAUAUGAAUUUAUACGUUCCUGAAAGAAUUUCUUCUCAUGUAGCUUCAAAUCAAAAACAAUUACCGGUUCUUGUGGUGGUACACGGUGAUGAAUAUGGUUGGAAUAGUGGUAAUCCAUACAAUGGUACCAUACUUGCAUCAUACGGUCAAAUUAUCGUUAUCACACUCAAUUAUCGUCUUGGUGUUUUUGGAUUUUUGGGAAGAUGUGAAGCAUCGAGUUGUUCCGGUAAUUCAGGCUUAUCAGAUUUGGUAGCAGCUUUAAAAAUGCUCACAAAUAUUUUACCGGCUUUUGGAGGUGAUCCAAGUUUAAUCACACUAUUAGGUUGGGGUUCUGGUGCAUCACUGGUUUCAUUAUUGAUGGCUUCACCAAUAACUCAACCAAAUAAUCGAAUGUUUCGACGGGCAGUUCUUCUGGACGGUUCAGCGCUUGCGCCAUGGGCAAUGACUAAAAAUCCGCAACCGAUAUUUUUUCAACUUGCCGAACAUUUGAAGUGUAUUGAAAAAGUGGACGAAAAAAAGCGUCUAUCAAAUAAUCAAAGAAGUGCGGAAAGUAUCGUACGUUGCAUGCAAGAUCAUUCACCGCAAAAUAUUACACGUGCAGCGCGGAAAAUUUCCACACCAACAUUUCUCUCACGAUUUGCGCCAAUUAUUGAUGGACAGGUAGUGCCAAAUAAACCGGAAGCAUUAUUUGGAACACAAUACGGUUCAUUAUUUCGUAAUGUUGACUUGCUAGUUGGAAUGACCAGUAAUCCGGCUCAUCAUCUUUUACCAAAUGAUGAUAUGCGACUGGGUAUCGAUAAAGAGAAACGUGAAAGAAUUUUCCGAACACUUAUAAGAAAUCUUUAUGAUUUUCAUCGUAAGGAAAUUUUAGCAGCACUUAUAAAUGAAUAUACAGAUUGGGAUAAUCCAAAGGAUCAUCCAAAAACAAUCCGUAAUGGUGUUCUCGCGGCGCUUAGCGAUGUCCUUUUUGUUGCGCCACUGAUUGAAACAGCUCGAUUGCAUUCUAUUGAUGACGAUCGGGAAACAUCAAACACUUUCAUGUUCUUAUUUGCGCAUGAAUCGAAGAGUACAACGGAAGAAACAGUUGCAAGUGGUAUUCGAGGUUCCAUUUCUGGUGAUCACAUACCUUACAUUUUCGGUUAUCCGCUUAACAAAGACGAUGAUGUUUGUUUAUAA